UGUUGAAGUUUGUUGCCUGCGGUCGCCUGUUGGUUGUAUUCGCCAUUGCCGCGGCAAAUCCACAUGGUCUGGUUCGUGCAUUUCGUGACAUUAGCCACCGAAAAAAUAUCGGAUUUCAGCAUCAAAUUAACUCGAAGCCAAAUCGUUUAUUGCGCGAAACGAUCGUUUAAAAGUAACGAUCGAGAUAUACACUGAGGAGGACAUAAUUCAGAAUGGAACCAUCAAGAACUUCUGUAAAUGAUUCUGAAAUAAAUUCCAAAGAUAAAUGCGAAUUUGAAGAAGAAAUAAAUACAACUAAUUUUAAAAUAAAAAACAAAAGGGAUUAUAUUGAUGGUAAUGUAUUUGAAAGAACAGAUUCUAGUGAAAGCCACUGUUCUGAAUUCAUUAAUUGUUUAAAUUCGUACAAGACAUCUAACUUAAGGGAAACAUUUUCAAAUUCGUGUGAUUUUCAAGUCAACAACAAAUUUCAAACUAUGCACAAAUGCAAUAUAUGUGAUCAAUUAUUUUACUCGGAGACACACUUGACAAGGCAUGCAAAGAUUCAUACAAGUAAAAGAAAAAAGUGUUUUAUUUGUGACAUUUGUAAAAAAUUGUGUUAUACUAAAUCAGAUUUGAGAACACACAUACUGUGUUGUAUGAAAACAAAGCCCUAUAAAUGUGAUAUUUGUGAUGAAGGGUUUUCUACAACACUACAAUUAAUAAUCCAUAAAAAUACACAUGCUGUUCGUACAAGUAUAAGAAUAAAGUGUUAUUUUUGUGACAUUUGUGAAGAAUUAUACUAUACUAAAUCAGAUUUGAGAACACACAUACGUGGUUGUAUGAGAACAAGGCCUUAUAAAUGUGAUAUCUGUGAUGAAGGGUUUUCUACAACACUACAAUUAAGAGUACAUAAAAAUACACAUUYUGUUCAUACAAGUAAAAGAAAACAGUGUUAUAUUUGUGACAUUUGUGAAGAAUUUUAUUAUACUAAAUCAGAUUUGAGAACACACAUACGUGGUUGUAUGAGAAUAGAGCCCUAUAAAUGUGAAUACUGUGGUGAAGAGUUUUCUACAAAAAUGCAAUUAACAAUCCAUCAAAAUACACCUUAUGAACCAAAACCAUAUCAAUGUAAUAUUUGUGAUAAAAAUUUUGCUACAUCAUCAUAUUUAACUGUCCAUACAAGAUCACAUACUGGUGAAAAGCCAUUUAUAUGUGAUAUCUGUGGUAAAAGGUUUUCUAGAUAUGACAAUUUGAACAUCCAUUUGAUAUCACAUACUGGUGAUAAGCCAUUUUUAUGUCAUGUAUGUGGUAAAGGGUUUUCUUCAGCAUCAGUUUUAAAUAGACACAAUAAGAGAAUACAUAAGAGAAAAAAGCCCUAUAAAUGUAAAGUCUGUGAUGAAGGGUUUUCUACAAGAUUAAAAUUAAAAAUCCACAGAAGUAUACAUACUAAAAAAAAACCUUUUAAAUGUAGAAUUUGUGGUAAAAGGGUUUCUGAUUCACUAACUUUAACUAUCCAUAAAAGAUCACAUACUGGUGAAAAGCCAUAUGUUUGUGAUACCUGUGGUAAAAGGUUUUCUAGAAAUGACAAUUUGCAAAUCCAUAUGAGAUUACAUACUGGCAAUAAGCCAUAUAAAUGUGAUGAAUGUGGUAAAAUGUAUUCUUCAUCAACAAAUUUAAAACUGCAUAUUAUGGGGAUACAUACUGGUGAAAAGCCAUUUCAAUGCGAUACCUGUGAUAAAAAGUUUUUGAGUUCGUCAAGUUUAACAAGACAUUCAAGUAUCCAUACAGGAAUAAGGCCAUGUUUAUGUGAAGUUUGUGGUAAAGGGUAUUCUACUAAAGCAGUUUUAAAACAACAUAUGGUGACACAUAAAGGAGUAAAGCCAUAUAAAUGUGACUUCUGUGAUCAAAGGUUUACUCAAGCAGGAAAUUUAAGAACCCAUUUAAGAAUACAUAGUUAAAGAUAAGGGUCAUGAAUGUGAUAUCUGCYUUAAAGGUUCUCUUUUAUACAAAACAUGAAAAAAAAAAACAAGGACACAUACAAAAGCCAUAUCAGUGGGAUAUUUGUGAUAAAAGAUUUUCUAGUAGAUCAAAUUUAAUAAAGCACCUAAGAAUUAAGAUGCAUACUAGAGAAAAAAAUAUUUGAUUAUGAUAUCUAACCUAACCUAACCUAACCUAGAUAAGUUAGAACAAGUUUGAAUUACUUAGAGCCACAUAUUUGAGAAUCAAAUGUUUGUGGGCAAAACAUGUUCGUUGCAAUUUUUUGUUUUUAUACUUGGCUCCACUAAUUAUAAUUAAAAUAGAACUGAAUAGUUAAAAACAAAUUUCU